UAGCUGAGGAAAUCAUUAACUAUACUACUUGUAAAAGGCACUAAAUACAUAGCCUAUUCAAUUUAGGAAAAAAUUACAAUGGAGAAAACUGAUUUCAGCCAGGAGAUUCAGGAUGGGAAGAACGUGAGAACAAUCAAAUGCAAAUACUGCACCUCUGUGAUUUUAACCCCAUCCACUGCAAAUUUUACCCAAUUGCAAUUCGAUUUGCCAACCGUCACUCAGAAGAAGGAUAGAGAUUCCACAACUGAAACUGAGAACAUUGAAUCUUUUUGGUUGGUGGACGAUAUGUUCACUUUUCAAAAUGUAGGGGUUACAAACACUGUGGAUAACAAAAAGUUCUUGGUCUGUGCGGACUGUGAGCAGGGUCCUAUAGGUUACCAUAACAUUAUCACAAAGAAAAGUUAUGUGGCUCUGAACCGAGUGGAAUAUGUCUGAUAUUCAUUUUCUGUCAAUGUAUCUGUUCUAUCGAAGAUUCUGCUUCAGAUUUCUUUACAUUAAGAGAAAUUAAUAUUGCACCCAUUGUAUAAGGUAAUUUAAAAUAUUUGUGU